AGCACCACGGGUAAGAACUUCUGCUACGCUUGCAAGCUUCCCUCCAACACCCUCAUUAACAUUGUUGUCCUUAUAUUCAAGAUGUCAGCGGGGCUCAAGACUGUAAUAUUGCUAUCAUUCGUGCUCGCCGUUGGAUUCCUGUUAAUCAUACUCUCAUGUGCACUAUGGGUGAAUUGGUUGCCAUUGUUAGUUGCGUUGACGUUCGUGCUUGCUCCUCUGCCCAAUGCCCUGUUUGCCCACUGCGGAGGAGACGAAUUUUCCUCAAGUGACAACGCCACGGGUGCUGUGGAUCUCGGCCGCUUCCUUACUUCAAUCAUUGUUGUCACUGGAUUUGCGCUCCCCGUCGUUCUCACCCAUUCCGAGGUUCUGAAACCAGGCGCUUGUGCAAUGUCCAUCAUCGGUGGAGGGUACGUUCUUUUCGAUUUCACCAUUCUCAGGGCUCACUGUUUCCUGUGUAGACUGGUGUAUGGAACUAUAUUGGCAUAUUCAGCAGCGUUCAGACAGGAUGAUGAAUAUGACUGAGUGUUUGUACGUCUACACCUGAAUGUUGCACUAUGUGGAUAUAUCUAUAUCAUUAACCUCGAAUGCCAACAAGGAUUCAAAUGGACGUCAUCUUUGCUAUGGUAGGGAUAUACGACUACACUAUUAUGUUGGAAGUGUAAACCAUGACACAUUCUUACUCCGGUUCGAGAAUGAUAUUGCUACCCUUUUUAACCGUCUCCACCAUGCGUAACACAAGCUCGA